AUCAUCCAUUAAAUUAGGAGUGAGUGAGAUCUAUCAGGACAAAAAUGAAGACUCUGAACUAUGUCUUUCUACUCUCUUCUCUCUUUGCUUUCCAAGUCUUGCAGACUAUGUCACUAGGUUCCGCAUCAAACAGAAUCGAAGCACAUCUCUCCAUUACAGAGAGAAACGUGGAGUUUCUGAAAGCAGCAGCAGGUAUUGGGGGAAGACAUCAUGCACCACCACCACCUCCGCACUACUCGCCGGGACCAGUUCAGAAACUAAAUUCUCCUCCCACUCCCGCCGCAGACGUUCUGAGACAUCAUCGACACUCACCACCACCUCCUCCCCAAUAUAAUCCAGGACCAACUCCAGGGCUUUUAAUUCUGCCAGCAACUUCUGGAAACCCAACAGCUCGGAAACAUAUUUUGUACCAGAAUUCUCCUCCUAAUAUCUUUGCAGCUUCAGCCUGAAUAUUAUAUUUGUUUAGCUAGCUUGAUCAAGCCUUUAUGCAUGUACUUAUGUGAUCAAUGUAUGUUUUACACUACCUGCUUAGCCAAACUACUUUCAAUUUAUUUUGGUCAGGAUAAAAUGUAACAUAAAUAAUUAUUAUAUGAGGUCACGCUUUAAGGUGUAUAUAUAUAUAUAUAUAUAGAACAGCUUCCCUGUAAAACA